CAUCAGCCUUUGAGAAAACCAUUCCUGCACAGAACAGGAGUUUCCUGGCAACAGGUGUGAGACUUCAAAGGUGGCAGACAAUGGAGGUGGCUGAUGACAUAAAGAAGUCCCUUCAGAAGUCUGGAAUACGGAGAGAUGUUGAUGUUUGCCAACUCAGCCUCGCCACAAAAAAGCUCACCGGCGUCCCUGACUUAUCAAGAUUUCACUUUCUGAGGAAGCUGUGGCUGAAUAACAACAGGAUCAGAGAGCUCAGCUGCCGUUCCCUCAACUGCUGCUUGACUGAACUUUACCUCCACAACAACAACAUCAAGUCUAUAUCUGGGGCCCUAAAUCACCUGACCUGCCUCCGACUUCUUUUUCUCCACAACAACCAGAUCAGAGGGCUGGAGGACACGAUGCACGAGCUCAGGAGGAUGCAGCAGCUCCAAACUGCAUCUUUUUUCCUCAAUCCCAUCUCCCAUGACCCUGCGUAUCGCCUCCAUGUGAUCCACCGCCUGCCUUCUAUCCUGGUUUUGGAUAGAAAAGAGGUGAGGUCAGUGGAGAGGGAGAGAUCCUUCCAGAUGUACAGCCAGGAGCGUCAUCGCGUCCUCCAGUCUGUGGCUUUCUGCAGACGGGCAACAUAGUCCACAAGCUGAGAGGAAGUUUGUUUCCGGUCAUUACACUGUGCAAAGAUGUGUUUUCAAGUGUAUUAAUAACUCUGUGGUUUGCUUAA